AGGAAUUUCCGGAGCUAUUCACAGGGCUUGGAAUCAUGAAAGGUGAAUACCAUAUUGUACUUAAGCCGGAAGCACAACCAUUCUCCGUCUCAACUCCACGACGCAUUUCUAUCCCUUUACUGCCAAAGGUUAAAGAGGAACUUUCUCGUAUGGAGCAACAAGGAGUCAUCUCCAAGGUGGAGCAGCCUACAGAAUGGUGUGCACCUAUGGUGGUGGUUCCCAAGCCCGCACGUGACCGAGUGAGAAUAUGUUCAGACCUCACUCAACUGAAUAAGUCGGUUUUGAGAGAAAGGCACCAGUUACCUUCAGUUGAAAACACGCUUGGACAGCUUUCAGGUGCCAAGGUAUUUUCAAAACUGGAUGCCAAUGCAGGUUUCUGGCAGAUUCCUCUUUCAAAAGACUCAUCACUGCUCACAACCUUUAUCACUCCUUUCGGUCGCUAUUGCUACAAUCGACUGUGCUUUGGACUAUCUUCAGCACCAGAACACUUUCAGAAACGCAUGCAGCAAAUCCUAGAAGGCCUGGAGGGAGUAGUGUGUCAGAUGGAUGACGUCCUCAUCUGGGGAGUGGAUCAGAAAGAGCACGACAAAAGACUAAGGGAAGCUCUCACAUGUCUACGGGACGCGGGCGUGACACUUAAUGAUAAGUGUGAAUUUUCAAAGACUAAAAUCAAGUUCCUGGGUCAGAUCAUUCAGGCAACUGGAGUUAGCCCCGACCCAGAGAAAUUAAAUGCAGUGAAAGCCAUGAAGGAACCAACCAACAUUUCUGAGGUGAGAGGAUUUCUGGGAAUGGCAAAUCACCUGGGAAAGUUUUUGCCACACUUAGCAGAAAAGACACGUCCACUCAGAGAUCUGUUAAGAAAAACGAACAUGUGGUCAUGGGGACCUCAGCAGAUUCAGGCUUUUGAAAGCAUAAAGAUAGACUUGACAACACCUCCUGGGCUGGCAUUGUAUGAUCCUUCAGCUGAUACGCUAGUCUCAGCAGAUUCAUCUUCCUAUGGACUGGGUGCUGUAUUGUUGCAGAAAACAAGCAGUAUGGACUGGAAACCAGUGGCAUAUGCAUCACGCGCAUUGAGCACCACGGAGCAGCGCUACGCGCAAAUUGAGAAGGAAGCGCUAGCCACAACGUGGGCAUGUGAGAGGUUUGCAGAGUUUUUGAUUGGAAAGGACUUUCACGUUCAAACUGACCACAAACCUCUAGUCCCUCUACUUGGCGCGAGAAAUCUGGACGAACUACCUCCACGUAUACAACGCCUGAAAAUGCGUCUCAUGAGAUUUUCAUUCACCAUAUCCCAUGUGGCUGGCAAAGACAUCGCAACAGCUGAUGUUCUAUCAAGAGCACCGGUGACGUCUUCGGGGGACAGUCUGCGGGAGGAAGAGAUCAACCUCUACGCCGACACCGUAGUGGCCAGCCUCCCUGCAACUGAGAAGAGACUUAAAGAGAUUCAGUCUCAUCAGGACAAAGAUGACAUUUUGCGACAGCUUAAGCGGUUCUGUGUAAGUGGUUGGCCAGACAAGUUUUCGAUUGAAAAUACUUUUAUGCCAUAUUUCCCUUUUGCAGGUGAACUGACUGUUCAGAAUGGGUUGUUGUUAUUAGGCUGUAGGCUGGUCAUUCCAAAAACACUCAGAGAUGAAAUGCUAAACAAACUUCACGAAGGUCACUUAGGAAUUACCAAGUGCAGAGAACGUGCUAAACAUUCUGUGUGGUGGCCAGGUCUUAGCAAAGAUUUAAAGCAACUCAUUGAGACGUGUGACACAUGUGCCCGUGAGCGAGUUCACAACAGAGAGUCAAUGUUAGGAACUGAGUUUCCUUCAAGACCAUGGUGUACGGUAGGGGUAGAUUUGUUUCAGUUCGGUAAAAACCAGUAUCUUGCGGUUGUGGAUUACUUUUCAAGGUUUUGUGAGGUAGCCAAGCUUUCGUGUACAACUUCAGCCGCUGUAAUAACCCACUGUAAAUCUAUUUUUGCUCGACAUGGUAUACCUGAGGUUGUGCGCUCCGAUAAUGGUCCGCAAUUUGCAUCUGAAGAGUUCAAUAGGUUUGCACGGGUGUGGGGGUUUUCACAUGUCACAUCCAGUCCACAUUUCCCACAGAGUAAUGGGGAGGUGGAGCGGGCAAUAAGGACUGUCAAAAGUCUACUGAAAAAGUCCAGUGAUCCCUACUUAGCUUUGAUGGCUUACCGUGCCGCACCUUUAGCAAAUGGUUGUAGUCCAACUGAACUGCUAAUGGGGCGUAGAAUACGUACUACUGUUCCGGUCAUUCCCUCUCAGCUCAUUCCAAAGGGAGCGGAUUUGGAAAAGGUGAGGAGGAAGGAGCGGAGCUACAGACAAAAACAAAGACUGAAUUUUGACAAACGACAUAGAGCUCACACCUUGCCUGCCUUACAACCUGGAGACCAUGUGUGGGUCCAGGACAUGCAACAGAGAGGUACUGUAGUGUCCACAGCGAACACACCAAGGUCCUACAUCGUAGAAGCGUCUGGGGGACAUCUCCGGAGAAACAGGUAUCAUCUCUCACGCACACCUGUGGCUCCAGAACCUCCCAUCACUGUCCCUGAUGCGGGGGAAAGCAACCCUACAGAGUCUCUGCAAAGACCGGUCUCUCCUGUUGUACCCUCUGGUUCACCAGAACCUGAGAGACGCUAUCCUUCUCGCGUCAGGAAGGCCCCAGAGUACUUUAAAGACUAUGUUACUUGA